CAAUAUUAUAUUUUGAAUAUGCAUCUAUUGAAAAGAAGAUAUGGAUGUCAUUCGAGGCCAACUACUUUUAUCACAGGCUGGACCAUCUUUGUGUUGUUUUGUAUAGCUUGUUAUUCAGUUGUUUUCAAAAGCCACGCUAGUUUUCCUUUGCACAACAAAGAUGCUGCAGGCAGUCCUAUGAAAGGUGGAUCUAUACCCAAUGCCCCUGGAGUUCCAAUUUAUGUUAUGAUGCCACUGACGAGUGUUUCUGAUGACGGGCAACUAAAAAAAGAUUAUGAUGGCAAGAAUAUCAGUUGGAUUCUAGAACAGUGGAAGAAACUUGGAGUAGAAGGUCUAAUGGUGGACAUAUGGUUUGGGUUGGUAGAAAAAGAGCCUCGACAAUAUGACUGGAAACCUUAUAUCGAAUUGUGUCAGUUGAUGAAGUCUGCCAAUCUCAAACUACAGACAGUACUUAGCUUUCAUCGUUGUGGUGGAAAUGUGGGUGAUCGUUGUUAUAUUCCAUUGCCCAAGUGGAUAUUUGCAGUUGCUGAGAAUGACUCUGAUAUCUUUUUCAAGGAUAGAGAUGGAAGUGCAGAUGACGAAUAUCUAAGUUGGGGUAUCGAUGAAGAACCUGUUUUGAUGGGAAGGACAGCUGUCCAAGUCUAUCAAGACUUUUUUAUAUCUUUUCGGGAAACUUUUCGAGAAUUUUUUGGCAAUGUUAUCAGUCAAGUACAGAUUGGAUUGGGUCCUGCUGGAGAAUUACGCUAUCCUAGUUAUCAAUUGAACAAGUGGACUUUUUGUGGAGUUGGGGAAUUCCAGUGUUUUGAUAAGUAUCUCUUAGGUCGUCUACAGUCAGAAGCAGAUAAACAUGGAAUAUCGGAAUGGGGACAUCCUCCUUAUGCAAAGGAUGUUGGGUUUUAUAAUAGCUCACCUUCAGAGACAUUGUUCUUUCGAGAUGAUGGCGGUAUGUGGAAUACGAGAUAUGGUGACUUUUUCUUAAAUUGGUAUUCUAAUGAGCUUAUUCAACAUGCUGAUAGAGUUUUAACUGCUGCUACUCAAGUUUUUUUCGAUCUUUCCAAUCCCAACAACGACUUUACGGGUCAGUUCCACUUGGCAGUGAAAGUGGCUGGUGUUCAUUGGCAUUUUCGUUCCAAAGCGCAUGCAUCGGAAUUAACUGCCGGUUAUUACAACACUCGAUACCGAAAUGGAUAUUCACCUAUCUUCCGAGUCUUGAAGAAACAUGAAGCAACGGUUGUAUUCACUUGUAUGGAAAUGAAGGAUAAUAAUCAACCCAAGGAUUGUUAUUGUUCUCCAGAAGACUUGGUGGGACUUAUCGUUCGAAGUUCUAUAGCCAACAACAUUUCUUUUGCUGGAGAAAAUGCAGUUAGUUUUUAUGAUGUCGAAUCUUAUAGACAAAUUUCUGCAGUAUCACGUUCGUAUGCAGUUACCAAAGGCAAACCAAUGGAAGCAGUGACCUAUUUACGUUGGCCAGAGCCUAUUGAUAUUUUCUUUCAAAAGGAUACUUUGAGCAUUUUGGGUCAAAAGUUUUUCGAUUUUGUGCGUUCAAUGGCUUAUGAUCAAGCAGAAUCUACAGACUUUCCUGGUUUAUAAAAAAACAGAAAGAUUUGUUAAACCGGAAAUGAAAUAUAUCUUUUCUGUAUGAA